AGUGACUUCACCUUUUUUUACAUUAGUGGUAUAAAAAGGCAGAAAUAAGUCGUAGUGAGCACUUUAUGCAGGCGCUUAGCUUAGACAGAAUGUUUGCCUCUAAAUUUCUUACUGUGCUGCGGGCCGGCUGAAAUUCCCAAGUUGACAAAGAGAAAAUGGCAGCAAAAGGGCCGCGGGUGUCCAAAGAGCAGGCGGCUAUUCUCGUGCAGUUCAUCGAGCAGCACCCAUACCUGGCGAGAGCUUCUACAGAGUUCUCGCCACGUAUGACUGCUGCUCGAAAAAACGAACUGUGGGAGGAGGUGGCGGCGGUGCUUAACGCACAGGGGCCAGCCGUAAAGGCCACCAGCCGUUGGCGGAACCAUUGGGCCAAGAUGGCCCAUAAAGCGAAAAAAGAAGCGGCCAGGGCCGCGAGCGAGAAGAGGGCUACUGGAGGUGGCAAAGUGGGUGGCGUGGACGGCCGCGUCCUCGACGUCCUUAUGAGGACAGGAGGGGUCCUUGUUUCCCCCCCUGAGUACUUCCCCGAUAGCGAGGACGAGGCAAGUUCAGAGGAAGCUGCAGGGCCCAGCGGUUCCCGCAGACAUCUACCAGCGACAACUGCUUUCGUGGUGUCGGGCCCUGCAGCUGUUGCUGGGCCAAGUGGCCUUACACAGCCACCGGCUACCCCCCAGGUGCUGCGGCCUACCACCCAGGUGCCGCGGCCAACCCCGCAGGUGCCUCAGCCAACCCCGCAGGUGCCGCAGCCAACCCCGCAGGUGCCGCAGCCAACCCCGCAGCCAACCCCGCAGGUGCCGCAGCCAACCCCGCAGGUGCCGCAGCCUACCCCUCGAGAGCCACGGGCACCCCGUAGACAGCCCAGGCAGCAGGAACUUGAUGGUGCUGUGAUGACGGCUACUGCCGCAUACGUUCGCCAGAGCCAGUUGGAGGAAGCCAGAGUUCAAGAGGACACUCGCUUCCGCCAACAACUGCUGGAGCAAAACCGGCAGCACCACGAGGCCCACCUGCAGAGCCUGCGGCAGCACCACGAGGCCCACAUGGAGAGCCUGCGGCACCUCGGGGAGGAGGUGGCGGCAAUGCGGGAAGUGGAGUCUCAGCGCCUUGAAGUGCAGCGGCAACGCCUCGAAGUGGCGCGUCGGUCGCACGAGACCAACGAGCGCCUGCUUCAGCUGCUGCUGGCUGCACUGGGGCAUGGUGGCAGCCAAGCCCCUCCCCCCUCUCAGGCCCCACAUAAUUAAACGAUGCAAAGGUAGCAUAGGCAAGGAAUUUGUAACUUAUCUUAAAAUUUGCUGAUGUAUUAAUGAUAUGAAGGGCAAAUAUUGCUAGUUUGCAAAUAAAUAAUUGCUGAAGUCACCCUUUAAUGCAACCAUAAGUAGCAUAGCCGUUGCAGCAUGAAUUUUUUCUUCAAGGUUUACUUCAGCCAUAAGAGCGUGCACACCAUCAGGCUCACCUGCAAAAGUGCCUGUAGGCCUGGUGUGUGCGGGCAUUCCGACUGUGGCGCUGCAAUUUUGAGGUGCCUAGUUAUUGUCAUGUCAAUUUAAGCACGACGCCACACUGCAAGUGUUCUACAAUUUAAUCCUUGUCAUCGAAUGGUGAAAUUUUCAGGCCUUACUAUAAUGUCGAAAGCAACCUGUCAAUAUACAUAGCAAAAAAGAAAAAAGUUAUGAAAAUUCCUUGCCUAUGCUCCUUCUUUUCAUUUGUAAUGUUUAUUUUUUGUUUGUUGCAUAUGCAUAUUUGUUUGUGUCACUACGUACUGAGCUGGAAUGUCUCUUUUCUUGCACAUCUGUCUCAUUAUCAAACAAUUUGUUGUCAUUCAGUAAUCUUUCAGGUUGUGAUACAUUGUAUUUUAGCCCUUGUGGUGCAAUUUGUGUGUAAUAUUUAUGCAGUUUGUCUUACUGAAUAUCAUAUGGUGCUAUGGCUCUUUCAGUUUGAGCGCCACAACAGCAUGUUCCUUUCACAUGUAGUGAUGUACCUAGACAUUUCGCUGUGAUAAAUAUUCGGUUGGCAUGUGAUUUAAGCACCUGCUCAUUUCUGUUUCUGGUGCAGUUUAGGCCAGUUGUUAUUACUGUGUACUUGUGCAGUGUACAACAGUUUUC